GCGCACACACGCCCACAGCGGGGCCGCCGCUGCCCGCCCUGCCCCGCGCCCUCCGCCGAUAUGAAUUAUUCUAGGUUUAUCACCACUGUGAGUGCAGCAAGAAAAGCAUCUCCAAUAAGACUGCUGACUGAAUUGAUGCAGAAGUCUCCUCCAUCUCUCAUCUCUCUGGCUGGAGGGGCACCAAAUCCUAAUCUUUUUCCAUUUAAGAGGGCAACUGUUGACAUUGGACAUGGAACACCUAUUGAGAUUGGGGAAGAUCUGAUGAAGAGAGCUCUCCAGUACUCAGCUUCAGCAGGGAUUCCAGAACUGUUGUCUUGGCUAAAAGAUUUCCAGCGGAACUUACAUAAUCCUCCCACAGCCAAUUACAGUCCUGAGCAAGGACAGAUGGAAGUGUGUGUCACAACUGGCAGCCAGGAAGGCUUGUGUAAAGUGUUUGAAAUGCUCAUUAAUCCUGGAGACAACAUCCUUUUGGAUGCACCCACAUACGCGGGCACACUAGCAGCUCUGAGACCUUUGGGUUGUAAUAUAAUUAGUAUUCCUAGUGACCAACAUGGCAUUAUUCCAAAAGCUUUAAAAGAAAUUCUGUCUGCUUGGAGCCCAGAGGAUGUAAAAAAUCGUAGCAAUCACCUCCCCAAAUUCCUGUACACUAUUCCGAAUGGAUGCAACCCAACUGGCAACUCGCUGACCACAGAGCGCAAAAAGGAGAUUUACCAGCUUGCAAGAAAAUAUGAUUUUCUCAUAAUAGAAGAUGAUCCUUACUACUUUCUUCAAUUUGAAAAGCCAUGGGCUCCAACUUUCCUCUCAAUGGAUGUGGAUGGCCGAGUUAUCAGGACCGACUCUUUCUCUAAAUUUCUCUCAUCUGGUUUACGAAUAGGUUUUCUGACGGGUCCCAAGCCUCUCAUCGACAGAGUUGUUCUACACAUUCAGGUGUCAACAAUGCACACCAGCACUUUCACACAGAUUAUGAUAUCACAGCUGCUUCAGCAAUGGGGACAAAAGGGUUUCUUGGAGCAUAUAGACAGAGUGGUGGACUUCUACAGGAUCCAGCGGGAUGCAAUGCUCACUGCUGCUGACAAGUGGUUAAAAGAUUUGGCAGAAUGGUACCCUCCUGCUGCUGGCAUGUUCUUAUGGAUCAAAAUAAAGGGUAUUUCCGAUACACAGCAGCUGAUAAUGGAAAAGGCUUUGAAGAAAGAAGUAUUACUGGUUCCUGGAGGAGCAUUCAAUAUUGAUAAUUCAGAGCCUAGUUCUUAUGUCAGAGCCUCCUUCUCUCUGCCUUCUCCUGCCCAGAUGGAUCUGGCCUUCAAGAGACUGGCUGACCUUAUAAAAGAAUCUUUGUGAAAAAGCUAGAGCUCUUGCAGUAACAAAAAUCAUCUCCAGAAAAUAUUUAUUAACAUUUGGAUUUCAUCAGAACACUUUAUAAGCAAGCACAAUACAGUGGAUGCUUCCUUAGAUCUUUUCAACUAAAAAAAGAAAACUAGAAAAUUAAAGUGAAAAACAAUUUGCCUAUUUUUUUUUUGACAGGGCAUUGCAUUACUAAAUUUAUCCAAUUCAGAAACAUUUAAAAUACUCAAAACCAAAAUGUUCUAUUUUCUGUAAAAUCCAUAGUUUUGUUAGAUUUGAAUUGAUUUUUGUUCUGACUUUUGUUUUCUAUUUGAGUUGGGAAACAAAAAUCAUUUACUUAGAAAGUUGCACUUGAGAUUGUGUUAGCCACUAUUACUUCUCACUAUUAAUCUCAACUGAUACAUUCCUCCAAAAUCUUAUGUUGGAAUUGUUUCAUGUGUCACUUCCAUUCUUGUCCUACUGUAUGACAUCUAGUUUUAAUGAUUUGAGGAUUAGUAUUUAAUUUUACUGAAAUUUUGUCAGAUAAAGCUGAUGUAACUAUGUUAAAAAAUUGAAACUGAUCCAGCAAAAUGAGGCUUUGAUUACAAAUAAACUGAAGUCCCUUGUAAUUUGCAAGGGUAUUCUCUAAUUUGUAAAAGGUAUUCUGAUUGCUGGCUUUUUUUUUCAGUCUGUGAAUAAUUACUCUGUACCUGUAGAAAAUCUCUGGUUUGCCAAGGCAUGUGGAUGUACUGAAGGAACUACUCUUGGUUAUUCAGUCAGAUGUGGUUUUGACUGGAGAGUGUAAAUAACUGAACAGGGGACAUGGUGGAAUGGACACUACCCUGACACUGCCAGAUGCAAACAAAAUGAAAAAAUAAAGAAAUGUUUCAGUCUCUUA